CCUUUCAAAAUGGUUGCGCAUGUCGGAACACCCUACAUAUGUACAUAGAAAUAUGUGCACGCUUAUCACUGUGGGAACUGGUACAAUUGCAGUGUUUUAUAUUCUUGAUUUGCACUUCGAAAGCAAGCACUGUAUCUUAUUCAGAGCGUACUCCGGCUAUGCUGUCUCGCACCGGUGCAAGCCAAGGUGAGCAAUGCCCCCUCUGCAAUCCCCUGUUCCGCUACCCAUGAUAUCCACAGCCAUCUGGAAUUCGUGCUGCAGCUGCUGCCUCGCAACGUCACAGAAAACAGCGAAUUACUUUGCAUUUUUGGGCCAUUUCAAAGUGGACAAAACGCAGCUCUCUAUGGCGAACGAUGACACCGUAUAACUUUUCCCUUGGGGAAGUUGGACCAGAAGUACCAACGCCACUACCAAUUCCAUCUUCCGGACGAUUUGACAUUUGGUCCUUGGCUGGUGUAAUCAACUCGAGAACCACCUUCAUCGGAUUUAUGUGAGCGUGGGGAUCUCUUCUUGGAAGGAGCAAUCGAGGAAAUUGAGUAGUAGAUGCUGAUUGAAAUUGAUCGAAGCCCAUUGGCAAUCCUUUAUUAUGCUCGCGUAGUUCAUCCCGCCAUUCAAUCCCCGUCAAAUAUUCUACCUGAUUGGUCUAUUACGUUGGACGAGGUCACUCGUAGAUAUUGCCUCGAGGAGCCCAGCAUAUUCGUAAAUAACAGAUACAUUGCACGACUACCCAGAAAAAAAUGGGGCACGACGCACGGUUAAGAAUGGCCACGACGUGACUUGUGUUGGCAACACAGACGGUGGUUUCGGCACGCCAAGCGUCUCCGCAGUUUAGCUAAUUAAGUUUCGGCAUGCUCCCGAUUUUUCCGCUUCAAGUUUUGAAAGGAUAAUGUGUAACAUCACGUUGCAGUGCACAAAACUGUUUUUAUAUCUGUGAGAGCGCGAGUUUAUAUUUGUUGUUUUGUUGUUAACUUUGAGCGGCGGAGCAAGCAGCUUUCAAAAACUGUCGUCUGCCACCUUUUACAAUGCAAUGACAGACGCCGCGACGCUGCUCACCAGCCUCUAGAAAGAGCACACGUAUUCGUCUAUGCCAUAAACGAUCCUUACAGUGUGUGUGUGUGUGUGCGUGAAAUGACACUCGUGUUCAUUUUCAACUACAGAAACAUUGCACAUGCUCAGGAUUACAAGAAAAAAGGUACGAAGGAGCCGUGAUACAUGAUGACGACAGCUUCGACAAAGAAAUUGCUGACGGCGUAAAAUCAGUGCAGUACACCGAGGUGGUAUCGUGGCUCUCCAAUGAGUUGAACGUUCUCUGCAAAAUGGAAGAUAGUGUGAACACUAUAACUGAUCCUGACGACUGGAACACAUUUCAACUGGAACUCAGCGCUUUCCUGAAAGAAAUGCACUGCCCAAUACAAGCGCUGACAGAAGGAUCCAUGAGCCAACGACUUGUAUCCCGAGAGAACAAGCUCCUGUGUCUCAGUUUUCUGUGCUCUGAACUCGAGGCUGCCCGGAUGAUGAAGGUCUUGAAGCCCCAGAGUAGUGGGCUUGAAGUUCAAAUGAAAGAGUCACCCACAGCAAAGAGCCUAAAGGCACUGAUUGUGACCCUCGGUUUUGGAAAGCCCCCUGCUAGCAUCACCCCAGCCCAAUUGUUCUCCAAAGUGGAAACUAAGUUACGAGAGAUAGUGCCAAAAGUAGGGUCGGAAGUGAUGAGCAGCAAACCCCUGUUUACCGGCGGCCUCUCUGAGAAACAAUGGUUUGCCCUGGAAAAGCUGCACGAGCAAAUGCAGGAGGAGUACCGCAUUCGUAGAGAAACGCUGAUCAAGCGUCUUGAUGUGACGAUUCAGUCGUUCAAGUGGGCAGAGAGACUCAAGGGUUUUGAAGACAAAAUAGCGCAAGCUUACAUGCCAAGGAGGCGACUCCUCGUAAUUGAACCAAAUGUGACAGUUGGGGAUGUCCUUGCAGCUCGUGAAGACUUGGCGAUAAUUGACAAGACCAGCAGUGCAUCGGUGCGCAAAAACACGCAGAGCAAAGUGAACAAGGUGCUGAUCGGUUCUGUGCCCGACCGCGGAGGACGUCCGGAAGAACAGGCCCCUCCUCCGCCAGAGAUGCCCAGUUGGCAGAAACGCACCGAUCCACCUCCACGUGGUGGUGGUCAUGGAAGAGGAGGAGGAACUCAAUACUCAUCUGGUCGCGUUCAAGGAGCCGGAUGGGACAAUCGCAAGGACUACGGGGGAAGAGGAGGUGAUGGUGGGGGAGGAUAUGGAGCUAGAGGAGAUGGUGGAGGCUAUGGUGGAAGACAGAUUAACUAUCAAGGCAACUACGGAGGGGGUGGCUAUGGCCAGGAGCAGAGAGGUCAUGGCCACCAAGACAGUUCUGGCAGUGGUGGUGGCUACGUACAGCAAGAAGGUUACAGAGGGGGUGGUGGUGGGAGAGGUGGACGAGGGGGGAGAGGUGGAAGGAGGUGAUGGAGGAUGAAGGGUAGUGUGUGUAUUUGGCUACAAUGAAGUAAUUUAAGUUUCCAAUGAAUGCCUGUAAGUGUAUGUGUGUCCGUGCGUCUGGCUUUGAAAGGUAAUAAAAGCUGUGCUAUGCAAUGAACA